AUCUCAGAUUGAUUUCUUUUAACCGUUUCUUAGUGCUUAUUGUGGAUCACUCUGGCUCGGUGCGUUAUUCGUCACAUCCAAGAUAGCUGAAAUCCUUCAUCUGGACGAGGAAGCUCAAUUUUACCUGUCGCUUUACAACAAAGCAAAGAGUGCGUUUGAUAAGAAACUGUGGACGGGUGACUAUUAUAAGUUUGACGAAUUCUCAUCUGAUUCCACUGCAGUGAUGUCUGACCAACUUUGCGGAUAUGGGUAUUUAUUCUGCUGCUGCAAUGGAGAAGAGAUCUUACCGCGUGAUAAGGUGAUGAAGAGUUUGCAGAAGAUUUUUUCCCUCAACGUUUGUUCGUUUAAAAAUGGGACAAUGGGAGCAGUGAACGGAAUGAUGCCCGACGGAAACGUAGACCUCACUUCGUUACAGUCCCAAGAAAUGUGGAUCGGCGUUACCUAUUUUUUAGCGGCCUUGAUGAUACGACAGGUACUGAUUUGUUUUGUUUUGAUUUUCAUAUAGCU